GCGAGGAUUCUGGGAGAGGAAAAUGGCGGCUGCUGGGCUGUGGCCUAGGGUGGGAAGGCUCUUUGAGAUGGCGCCGGCACUGGGGCCUUGGCCCCGGCUUUACAGCACGUCCCCGGCCUUCGCCGAAGUGCUAAGGCUGCCGCAGAAACAGCUAACGAAAGUUCUGUACCCGCUGCGGGAACUGGAGCAGCACCUCGUCUCGGACACCGGGCCAGGCCUGAUCGAACAGAGGCUCUUCGACCCCAGCCUGGAGGACAUCGCGAGGGCGGAGAGCGUCUUCGCGGCCACAGCCCGGAACCGCAUCGAGUACCUCAGCUCCGCCGUCCGCCUAGACCACGCCCCGAGCCUGCAGCAGCCGGAGGUGUGUUUCAUAGGUCGGAGCAAUGUUGGAAAAUCCUCCUUGAUAAAGGCCUUGUUUUCGCUGGCCCCUGAUGUAGAAGUCAGAGUCUCAAAAAAACCGGGCCACACAAAGAAAAUGAAUUUUUUCAAAGUUGGAAAAUAUUUUACAUUGGUGGACAUGCCAGGUUAUGGCUAUAGAGCCCCGGAAGACUUUGUUGACAUGGUAGAGACCUAUCUAAAAGAACGGACGAACUUGAAGAGAACAUUUUUGUUAGUGGAUAGUGUUGUUGGAAUUACAAAGUUAGACAAUAUUGCCGUAGAAAUGUGUGAAGAAUUUGCAUUGCCUUACGUGAUGAUAUUAACAAAAAUUGACAGAUCUUCCAAGGGCUAUCUUUUAAAACAAGUGCUUCAGAUCCAGAAGUACGUCAACACACAAACACAAGGCUGUUUUCCUCAGUUAUUUCCUAUAAGUGCAGUGACCUAUUCUGGAGUCCAUCUGUUGAAAUGCUUUAUAGCAGAUGUGACAGGAAGUCUUAAGUAAACGCUCCCAGGGUAGAUGAAGGUUCAACGUUCUUCAUGUCAACUGGAGUUAAACAUCUCGAAGAAUUCCAAUAUUGUUUUAAAUAUUGUGCAUCUCAACUUGCAAGAGAAUCAGCAAGCUUUAAAACCUGCAUCAUCCUGAAGCAAAAAUGAAUUUGUUGGGGGUGAGGGUUAUAAUUAAAUCAUAAUGUUAAUUAGGACAGAUGCUAGCUGCUUUUUCUAUUUUAACAAACUGACAAGUCCAAGAGCAUAUAGAAAUACAUGAAGUGAGACUCUGUUACUACUAUGUGGAGAGGUUUGUUAUAUUAUUAAUUUUUUGUCUUAUAAAAAGUGUCUAUAGUUUUUAAUGUUGUAAAUGUGAACUAGGUAAGGUGGGGGUGCCUUUCUGUAAAGCAUGCAUAGGUAAGUAGAAAAGUAAAGGACCUCAUGUAUGCUUAUAA